AAGGCGAAUGCUCCGAGGGGGGAGAGUAGAGGAGACACUGCGCGUCCCACACGGCCUGUUGUUUUUCCCCGUGCACUAUUUGUUUUGCACUUCUGUGCGCACGAGGACUGCUAAAUGACCCAGCGCAGUCCUCCAAAAGGGGGCUCUCGGUACUUGUGCCGUCUUUAUAUCGGUGGGGGCUGCUUGAGGUCCGCUACAGCAGAUAGGACACAGGAGCCGGAGGGCAGUUCGUGGCAGUGAAAGCACCGCGAUGGAAUGAUCCGCUGCAGAAACUCUCCUCAACUUGUGGACAACUUUUCCUUCUGCGUGUGUUUUUCAUUUGUUUUUACUCCCUUGAGGAGUUUGGACUUUUUGGACACUCCAUCCUCCCCGGUACGGUCAUGUAUGGACAGCGGCAUGUUGUCGCUCUGGAGUCCGGCUCAAAUGGAUCAAAGCUGACGGGUUUUAUGGAGCCGGGAUUACACCGUGCCGUGGCAGCCUGUUGAACGCCCCCCCUCCCGCGCACACACACACACACUCAAACACCAUCUGCACCAUCGGAAUAAGCAAGAAGAAGAAGUUCUUAUUAUUUGUUGUUGUUACAUAUGAGAGUGCGGUGAGUGGCGCCCGUCCCCCCGCGGCCACACCAAUGGCGAGCCCCGGCGCAGCGGCGCGGCGCGCCCGUCCCUCCGCUCUGCCCCUCGGCUGCGCGCUGCUGCUGCUCCUCGGCUGCCUCGCCGCGGCCUCCCCGCCCCACGGCCGCCGGCUCAUCUGCUGGAAGGCCAUCAUGAACUGCCAGGCCGAGCCCGAGUGCAACUACGCGUACGAGCACUACGUGCGCGCGUGCGGCCCGGUGCUGACCGGCGAGCGGAGGAAGUGCCCGAGCCACUGCAUCUCGUCCCUGGUGCAGCUCAACCUGACGAAGAGCGGUCCGGCGCUGGAGGACUGCAGCUGCGCCCACGACUCGGUGUGCACCAGCACCAAGCGGGCCAUCGAGCCCUGUCUGCCCAGGACCACCAGCACCGGCUGCACGGAGGCCCGGCGCCAGUGCGAGCGCGACGGCCCGUGCAGCUCCGCGAUGCACGACUACCUGAAGCACUGCGGGAAGCUGUUCAGCGGCGCGAUCUGCACCAACGCCUGCCGCAACGUGAUCGCGAACAUGCGCAAGAUCCCCAAGGGUCAGCAGCUGGACGCGUGCACGUGCGACGGCACGGAGCGUGCCAUCUGCGAGUAUGUGAAGAGGAGUAUGAAGGAGCUGUGCUUCGACUCGCCCGCCCGGGUGGACGAGGGCAGCGGCUCGGACUACGAGCAGGAAGAGGACUACGAUGAUGGUCCGUCGGAUCGGGACUACCAGGAGGAGCCGGAGAGCGGAGCCUCUCCUCCGGCCACCCGCUGCGCUUUGGUCCUGCUGGCCUCCAUUUUGACUCUAUUUGCUCUCGUUUGAUCACACUUUUGUUGAGACAGAACUUUUGUCACUCUCUGUCCCCGCUGGAUAGAUUAAACAGACUCAAGGAGGGGGACAAGUGUGUUUUGCUCCAGAGGCCGAAGGGACGUCCGUCAGGAAGAGGCUCCCCAGGCGUCUCUCCCCACAAACCCCACGACUCUGCUGAUGUGAUGAGCCAGAUUGUCUCGUGAUGUCGUCGCCAUAGAGACGCAGUCGGGCUUGUUGUGGUAGUGAACAUUGAUAAGCUGGGCACUGCCAAUCUCUCUCUUUUUUCUUGUAAAGAUAAGAACUAUUUUUGUAUGACGCCUGUUGCCGAUAUUGUUGGGCACCAGUCAAAUCUGAUUUACAAAUAUUUAAUGAUGGAAUCCUAUGAACUGUGUGUAGCUGUAAAUAGAAGCAGGAGUUUAAAAAGUGAGAUAGUAAUUUAUUACAAGCCACCCAAAUGUCCUCCGUGUGAAUAACAAGUAUUCCAGCUUUAAAGGGAACUUACCUUAUAUUCUCUUCAAAGACCAUGUGCAUUGUGUAUAUAUGUGUACAGCCCAUAUAGAUUUUUUUUUUCCCACCCAGAGAAUCCUCUAUGUUUUCGGCUAAGAGCUGCUUUAUUCACCGUGUACAACCUAGAGAAAGACACGUCUAAAUCCACUGUGUGAUUUGCCUUAACGAUAUACUUUUAUAGAAGGCAUAAAGGAAACUUGAAGAUAU